UCCAUACACACACAUACUUUUGAUACCUCGAAUUUGUCACCUUAAUUCACAACACAGCACAACAAUGUCGAACCUGCAAAAAAUUGAUUUCCAGCCGACAGAUACCUGGUACGAGGAGCAGACAAAUACUGGGACGGCGUGGCCUCGAGCGUUGACGGGAUGCUCGGCGGUCUGGAAGAAGUGCACGGUCCUGAUGUGCGUGACUCCUUGGCUUUUAUCCAAAAGCUGCGUGCAGACUCUUCGCUCAAAGUGGGCUUGGCCUAUGCGUGCGAUUGCGGUGCAGGCAUCGGCAGGGUGACAAAAUACUUUUUGACCACCCAGUUCGACAAGGUCGAUCUGGUCGAGCAGAACAGCAAGUUCCUAGACACCGCCGCCACGUCAUAUUUGAGAGAAGAAAAGGAGUCUGGCAAAGUUGGAGACAUGUUCCCAGUUGGUCUGCAAAAUUUUACGCCUGCCAAUGGCAAAUACGACGUGAUAUGGUGCCAGUGGGUGCUCAGCCACCUGACGACGAAGACUUCGUUGCGUUUCUCAGGCGAUGUGCCGGUGGCCUGGCGCCAGGCGGACUUGUCUGUAUAAAGGAGAACGUGUCUUCGAAUUCGUAUGUGAUCGAUAAUGAAGACAGCAGUGUUACAAGAGCGAACUCGAUGUUUGAGACUUUAUUCAAGGCGGCGGACAUGGCUGUUGUUGGCCGCCAAACGCAGACCGGCUUCCCGCAGGGGCUUUUCAAGGUCAAUAUGUGGGCUUUGCAGCCCAACUAAUGUGUCUGUUGUUGGAAAUAUGCGUUUGCGAGAUGAUAGAUUUGAUGUAUAUUUGAAAGACGAUAUAUAAAUUGAAAUUUUGAUAAUGUUUUUUCCCUGCGCUGCAAUAACUUAGCCUGCUACUUGCUAUAAUUUGAAACCUCG